AUGGUGCACCCCGCACCACAGACACCACCAGCAACAAAGGGGAAUGGCCCAGAAGACCAACUGCGCCGACAUGUGCCGUGCAGGCUGCGUCGCAUGCUGGGCAAGAUGCCCUUGCAUGCGACCGAGAACGACAAUGAGCACCGGAACCUGCCCCCUAGGCUCCGGCGUAUGACCGAGCGCGCGCAGGCCAGGAGAGCACUGGCACCCUCAGCCACGAGUCUCCAACAAGCCGCUAACGAUCAGAACCUGGAUUCAGAGUCCAGCCUAUCCGGGCGCGAUGCUGAAGUUUCGCGUCCCAGGUCCAGGAUGCCACUGGCAUCCAACGCCACUCCAGAAGUAUCCACGGACAGGACCGCCCAAGCCGUUCCAUUCGUCCAGGAGCCUAGUCAGCCCAGAUUGGCAAUCCCUGCACCAGAGGCUUCUAGUUCGAGGACGCCCACGGUUCUUCCUCCAGCGACUGGUUUGCCCCCUGCGGUCCCUGCAGGGGAAUGUGGAGGGAAUGGCCCCAUGCAACAAAGCGCGCCUGAGCUGGUUGCAGCCGUAGCGGGACCCAAGAAAUCCGCCGCUCGUGCCAGGGGCCCACGAACAGAGACGGAAAAGAAGCCGGUGCGUCGUAGCGCACGGCUACUCCGGAAAAUCAAUGGGGGAAACCGUGAUCAAGCCGUGAAUACGGAUGGCACGGCCCAUGGCUCGAUUGCCGAUGUUGAGAUGUCAACACAGCCCGCGAAUAAAGCGAAUGACGAGGACGUAGGAGACAAUGCACCACGGGCCGACACGGGAGCGGAGCCUGACUGUACUGCAUCGACACAGCCAAAUCUGAAGCGGAAAAGAAGGCCACGUGACGAGGACGAGGACACUGCUGCCCCUGAGGGGGCAGCGAGAAAGAAAGCACGCAAGUGA